AUGAAAGUUAACGAUAGGAGGUGCUUCUUUCAACAGCAAGUCAGUAAUCUUCCUCUUGUGUUCCAAUCACUGGUCCUUCUAGUAGAUAGGAACUUGGUGGCAUAUGCCAGCAAAGCAGUGAAAUUGUGGUUAGAUGGUCUCAGAUACUUGGCUUAUGAUGUGGAAGACAUAUUGGACAAGUUUUCAACUCAAAUGUUGCGAUGCCAAAUAAAGGAGAAACAUUGGGCUACCACUAGCAAGAUUACUGGUCGAAUACAUGAGAUAUCAGAACGGAAAAACCAACUUGGUUUAAAUGUGGUGACAUCGUCUACUAAGGCAUGGCAUAUGCCACCAAGUUCCUAUCUACCAGAAGGACCAGUGAUUGGAAGGGAUGCAUACAAGAGGAAGAUUACUGACUUGCAAGAUAUGGCAUAUGCCACCAAGUCUCCUUUUCGUGUUGGAGCAUUAGGAAGUAAGAUAGUUGUGACAACACGCAAUGCAAGUCAGUAA